UUCUCUCUCUUCGCUUCUUUAAAAAUCAAACUCUAAUAAAAAUUCGCUUCCUCUCUCUUUCUCUGAUUUUGAUUUCUGAGAUAGCAGAAAUUUCAAAAAGUCAAACAUGAGAUUCUUCUGUCUCCUUCUCCUACUCUUCUUCAUUCUCUUCUUCAGCCAUGGUCUGGCCGAGCAGAUCUACCCUGCUCAUGCAGGUGGAACAUUUGGGCGUAGCUCUCGUGAACCAAAAUACAAGAUUGAAUUUCAUCCAGCGGACUCACCUUUUCAUCCUGAUGACGACCAGGAGUCCCUGGUGAUGACCAAUAUGAAAGGGCAGAAUUUUUUGUGUUUUUUGCCUAUGGUCGAGGAAACUAAAAGUGGAAAGCCAUUCCCUCAACAGAACAUGAGCAACAUGAUCAUGGAAUCUGACAGGCGGGUAAAGUUGAAAACACCGGAUGAGCUGAUGGAAGUGCUAACAGACCGAUGCUUACUUAGACAAGAGGGUUGGUGGUCUUAUGAAUUUUGCUAUAAGCAACACUUAAAACAACUUCAUGUGGAGGAUGAGAAGAUCGUGCAAGAGUUUGUUUUGGGUGUAUAUGAUCCCGAAGCCACAGCUGCCUUCAGUGAGAACCGGUCUGAUGUUUCAACGUUGAAGGAUCCUCGCUCAAAAGAUGCUGCUCAAAGGUAUCAUGCUCAUGUGCACACGAACGGAACCAUCUGUGACCUCACAAAUCAGCCUCGAGAGACUGAGGUUAGAUUUGUAUGCUCAGAACCAAGGUUCUUGAUCAGUUCGAUAAAAGAAAUAUCCACUUGCAAGUAUGCAAUCACAAUCCAUUGCCCUUUGCUUUGCAAGCAUCCGAUGUUUCAAGAAGAGAGGCCCAUAUGGCAAAGCAUCAACUGCAAUGAACUGCCCUCAGAUGGGAAAGGCGAAGAGAUGGAGGGAAGCUUCGAGGAUCAACGGAUAACAAUGAUCACGGAUGCUGGAGUACCAAAUCGUUAUGACAUGGCGGAAGGGUACGCGACGUAAGCUUUCUCUUCUUUAAUUAUGGAGAGAAUAUUUUGUAGGUUCAAAUUUAAAUAGUCGUACUGGGAUCCACCACAUUGCCUGUAGAAACUAGCAGAGCCAAAUUACACUGCUGCGGCCUCACCUUCUUUGUAUCUUUACGAUCAUAGUGUGAUAAUGGAUCUCCAAUCGAUUCUUGUCUAA